AUGAGCACUGGUGUACUUCCGUUUGUGAGGGGCAUCGAUUUCUCACGCAAUGAUUUCUCGGGUGAUCGUUUUCCGCACGAAGUUGAACAAAUGACUCAGAUGACUUGGUUGAAAUUGAAUCAUGCCUCUCUUGACAGGGUACCGGAUGAAUUAUCGCGACUUUCAAACCUCGAGCAUUUACAAAUGUCGCGCAACACAUUGACAAGUGUACAUGGUGAGCUGUCAGAUCUACCAAGACUCCGAUCUGUGAUUGUCCGUCAUAAUCAGAUCAAAACGUCGGGUAUUCCAACGGAUAUAUUUCGUAUGAAAGAUCUGACGAUAAUCGACUUCAGCAAUAAUUCAUUAAGAGAAGUACCACCCAACUUGGAAUAUGCGAAAUGUGCAAUCGUACUAAAUCUAAGUCAUAAUCACAUCGAGAACAUACCGAAUGCUGUUAGUCACUUUAUCAGUCAUGUAUAUGUUUAUGCAUUCCAUUUCGAUUUGGUAUCAUUCCAUUUCGAUUUGGUAUUUGAAGUAUAG